AUGGCCGAGAUGGUCAAGUCUGCCAUUGUUGGGGAAGCAGUUAGCCGGAUUAUUUCUCGUAUUGCCCCCACCAGCAAAAGGCCUGACAGAUCAGUUGAAGAAGCAGCAGGGGAUGGUGGCCUAGAGAGGCUGGAGAUGGCACACAUCAAAAUGGAGGCCGCGCUCCAUACGUCUGACAAGUGGCAAAUCACCGACGUGCCGCUGCUCCAUUGGCGGAAGAAGCUGAAGCGUGCUGCCCAGCACUGCGACGACGUAGCGCGCAGAUGCAGGCAACUCUUUCAGGAAGAAGAGGAGGCGGAGCAAGUGGUAAGGCAAUCCUCGUUUCCUAGACAGAUAGCUCAUGCGACCAAGGUGUUCAUCUCCUCUUUGGUCGGCCGUGACAAUGACCAUUACUCUGCGAGCAGCACCACCACCGCUGCCGUCCGAAGAUUUGAGAAGCUUGCAGACGGUGCAAGUGAAUUCGAGCAAAUCACUGAUAUAUCAAAUGUUGCAUCCAGCCGGCCGAUAGUGGGAACUACAGUCAAGUGCUUGCGACUGCUGACACCAAACUUCAAGUCCACGGCUGAUAUUGUGAUCAGAGAGAUCAUCCAGUUUCCCACACAAGAUUUCUCGUGUGUUGCACACAAGGACGAACACUGGAACAACAUCCACAGAACUUUGGUUCGAUGGUUUCGCCCAGAUCCAUUAUGUUGUCAAGGAUAUGAGCACAACCUUGUGCCUUCUUGUCACAACAGUGGUGACAACGCCAGGGGAAAAAAAAUAAGAUUUUCGCGCAUAUUUCCAGAACCAGCCUGUGUAGUGUUUUUGCGGCGUCAUAUCUCAGUAUCGAAGUACAAUGACCUGCCGGGAGUAACUGCAGUUGUUGGUCAUGAGGACAUGUCUUCUUUGGAGAAUUCGCCACCUUUGAAGCUUGGAAUUCUAUUCUUGCCUCAUGACUCCUUGGAGGACCCCAAGUCUGAUGGUUUUGCGGUAGAGGUGAUUGAUAGAGAUAAUUCACACCACCUCACCCACACGUAA